AUGCCAAACGGAGCUGGGUCCAAGUCUUCAGCGGCGGCUGCGGCCGGAGUGGGCGACGGCGAGUCUAUUCUCAACGCCAGCAGCAACAAUGUCAACGGCAGCUACUCCAAAGCGCUAAACUCGGGCACGGUGUCGCCGGCAUCGAAGAAGUCGCCUCGCCUGCCCAAGUGUGCCCGGUGCAGGAAUCACGGCUACGUGUCGGCCCUGAAGGGGCACAAGAGGUUCUGCAUGUGGAGAGAGUGCCAGUGCAAGAAAUGCAACUUGAUCGCAGAGAGACAGCGAGUCAUGGCAGCGCAGGUUGCCCUCAGGAGACAGCAGGCUCAAGAGGAGGAACUGGGCAUCAGCCGACCCAUUCCCCUGCCCGGAGCCGCCGAACUGCUCAUCAAGCGUGAGAAUGCAACUCCCAACAGCUCGUGUGCGCUGGGCACCGGGGGAGCGGGCUUGUCGUCGAACCCAACCACACCGGUCACUUCCUCAGAGGGGCGAUUGCAUCUCCAGGAUAUCCCUUCCAUAACCAGCAGAGGGCACCUGGAGGCCACCCCAGACCUGGUAGUGGACUCUUCCUACUACAGCAACUUUUACCAGCCGUCUCUCUAUCCAGCUUACUACAACAAUCUUUACAACUAUCCCCAGUACCAGGUGGCGGUGGCAGGAGAUUCACCUGCUUCUGAUGUGGGUUCAACACUGGGAGGGGCAACAGUGAAAAACAGCCUCCGUGGACUCUCUGCAUCGUUAGUAUCUGGCCAAACAGGAAACCAAUGGCAGCAAAUGAAAACUCCAGAGAGCCGGUUUUCGGGCCACAAUGUGACACCUCAGUACAGGAUGCAUUCUUACUACUCUGCUGCCUCUUACCUGGGCCAGGGGCUAAGCACAGCUGCAUGUGUUCCUCAGCUGUUCACACUGGAAGAUGGCUCCUCCUUCUCAGAUGUAAAAUCCAAUGGCACGAACCAGGAGCAUGAUGCAGUGCUACCUAUUGUAAUGAGUGCAGGUUCAAAAACACUCAGGACACUUCACGAUCCAAGAUAA